UCCAGUUUUAAUUGGAAUUUUUGUCAACAUGUCCGCCUUAUAUGCCGCCCGUCAUGUUACCGGUGUGACCUCUUCGGUUUUAUCAAGAUGCACAGCCGUAAGACGUUGCCUUAGCACGGCACGUUUGGUACGUACGGCCAAGGGUGCUCCCUCUGCCCUGAUGCAUUUGAACAAAUACUUGUCUCCCAUGGCAUCCUACUCCGCCGGAUUCCAACAAUUUGUUCGUGAUUAUGCCUCCGAAAAGAAGGUGUUCGAACGUACCAAGCCCCAUUGCAAUGUUGGUACCAUUGGUCAUGUUGAUCAUGGUAAAACCACAUUGACUGCUGCCAUUACCAAGGUCUUGGCCGACAAACAAUUGGCCGAAAGUAAGAAAUACAAUGAAAUCGAUAAUGCCCCCGAAGAAAAGGCCCGUGGAAUCACCAUCAAUGUUGCCCACGUUGAGUACCAAACCGAAAAUCGCCAUUAUGGUCACACCGAUUGUCCCGGCCAUGCUGAUUACAUUAAGAACAUGAUCACCGGUACUGCCCAGAUGGAUGGUGCCAUUUUGGUUGUAGCCGCCACCGACGGUGCUAUGCCCCAAACCCGUGAACAUUUGUUGCUGGCCAAACAAAUCGGUAUUAACCACAUUGUGGUCUUCAUCAACAAGGUCGAUGCUGCCGAUCAGGAAAUGGUUGAUUUGGUUGAGAUGGAAAUCCGUGAAUUGCUUAGUGAAAUGGGUUAUGAUGGUGACAACAUUCCCGUGAUUAAGGGUUCCGCUUUGUGUGCCUUGGAGGACAAGAGUCCCGAAAUUGGCAAGGAAGCCAUCUUGAAGCUGCUCAACGAGGUCGAUAACUUCAUUCCCACUCCAGUACGUGAAUUGGACAAACCAUUCCUUUUGCCCGUUGAAAAUGUCUACUCCAUUCCUGGACGUGGCACCGUUGUAACUGGUCGCCUGGAACGUGGUAUUGUUAAGAAGGGUUUCGAAUGUGAAUUUGUCGGUUAUAAUAAGGUGAUCAAAUCCACCGUUACCGGCAUUGAAAUGUUCCAUCAAAUCUUGGAUGAAGCCCAGGCCGGUGAUCAAUUGGGUGCCUUGGUACGUGGUGUUAAGCGUGAUGAAAUCAAACGUGGUAUGGUUAUGUGCAAACCUGGCAGUGUUAAGGCCUUGGAUCAGUUGGAAGCCCAAGUAUACAUUCUCGCCAAGGAAGAAGGUGGUCGUUCCAAACCCUUCAUGUCUUUCAUUCAAUUGCAAAUGUUCUCACGUACCUGGGAUUGUGCUGUGCAAGUGCAAAUUCCCGACAAGGAAAUGGUUAUGCCCGGUGAAGAUACCAAAUUGAUUUUGCGUUUAAUUCGCCCUAUGGUCUUGGAACAGGGCCAACGUUUCACAUUGCGUGAUGGUAAUUUGACUUUGGGUACCGGUGUUGUAACUAAAGUCUUGCCCCCAUUGAGUGAAAACGAACGUCUAUCGUUGACAGAGGGCAAGAAGGCUCGUGAGAAGAAAAUGGCCGAUAAAAAGUAAAUUUU